UGAGAUUCUCUAGCGUAUGAAAAGGGCUGGGUGAUGGGGAUAUUAAAUUCAGUGUUACUAUUUAUAGAGCUGAUUCCAUCACUGUUAGAUCUUAGCGGUAGCCGCGGUCAGCUGGGGGAUUUAUUUGAAGGGAAAGGCUUCUUUUAAUUGCACGGGUCCGACAAGCACGCCGUUAGCAGUGCCUACUUGAGAAGGAACGUGCUUGACCACGCGGCGAUUGCCAGAAAAGUACAUCUCGUGCAUAAAUCAAUUAGAGAUGAAUAUUGUCAGUCAAGACGUACAGCUGUGAAUUGAGGAAUUUGAUUGGUUGAACUGUAUAUGUUUAUAUGUGGUAUACGAAAGGUUCAGCUGUAGUAUAUUUACCGUGGUAUAACGAUGUGUAUCGUAUAAUAAGGUGGAGAAUACUACAGGAAUAUCCAACACUAAAAGUGUGCAUUAUAUAAACGAGGGGACUUCACAAUCCAAACUGUCACCACCACAAAGUGUUCAAUCGCUUCCACCCUCGGUCAGAUGUGAGAAAGGGGAUAUGGCGGGGGGUGAAACGGACCCUAAUUAUGGAGGAUUGAGGGAGUGGGGAGAGGGGGAGGGGAAUCAAAAUAAUGGAUUACUUGUGGACGAUACUAGUACGGGAUUAGCCGAUCAGAAUAAUAAUUUUCACACCACGGAUAAAGAAAGUUCGGAUAAUAAUUUCACGGAUCAUGGAAAUGAUUUUAAUGAUAACAGCUAUACCUCGAAUUGUCGCAGUCUUCGUACACGCACACGCGCACGCAACAGGAAACUCUUCCCAGAAAAGGUUCAUCACAAACGACAGACAUUACAAGAUAUGGCUCGCCCGUUAAAACAGUGGCUGUAUAGGAAUAAAGAUAACCCAUAUCCAUCAAAAUCACAGAAACUUUCAUUGGCUGCUGGCAGUCACAUGACACUCGUGCAGGUGUCUAAUUGGUUCGCGAAUGCUCGACGUCGUUUGAAAAAUGUUGUGAAGGAACCCAAUAUCACCUGGGCGCGAAGAGUUAAACUUUAUAAUGAAAAUGUUGUUGGUAAUGCCGAAUUAUUUAGUAUUAGUUCAGAUGACACCGUGUGGGACUGGGACGAUAACAGUGAAGUACAGAAUAAUACAUUCCCCAUAGACCAAGCUGUCAUGAUCUCAGUGUUAAACACAGCAGCAAACCAAGAUCUCGUUCCUUCUCGUACAAACACGCCAACGCCCGAGAAUGGAAGUGAUGGUCUCCUAUCCCAUGUGCCUGAUUCGCUAAAAUACAAACAAACCAUUUUACAACGUUACCUUAGUGACGCCUAUCAACGUACAGUUGACGUAGACGAAGGAAUUUUAACGAAUAAACGUGAUCGACGUCAGUCUGGGUCAUUAGGAUCACGUGACUAUGAAGAAAUGUCGACGUCAUCGGCUUCAUCAAGAAUAAAUUACCGAGUCCACGACGAUUUUGGUGAAGAAGUAGAAUUCCUGACUGGUAAAAAACGUAAAACUACUGAGGAAAUGGGACAACAGGAGGAUGACAUGAGACAAAAAGAAAUGGACGCCAUCUUUGCCUUGACAAGCCUGGCUAAUUCUCGAACCAGACCGUGACGUCAUUAUUUAAAAGUGCUAAUCACUGUACAUAGCAUAAUAUAUGUAAAUAAAUAAAUAAAUAAAUAAAUAAAAACAUAAAAACAUAUAUUAUAUAACUUGAGGACUGACGGUAAUCCUUGUUUUUAUCAAAACCGGAGAAAUAUAUGAUUGUAAUUCGUUUUUUUUUUUGUUUUUUUUUUUAUAUUUUCAUUUGUUUAUAUUAAACUGUCACUUCAUACAUAUAUUGAUAUAAUAGCUGUAGAGAGCGAGGAAUUAUUCUAUUUUAAAUCAGAGAGAGAAAUCGUUGAAUAUUGUAGUAGAUUUAUCUUCAUAAAAUAUUCUGUAUGUAAAAUUACAGACAGAGAGACAAAUCGUUAAAUAUUACAGUAAAUUUAUCUUGAUAAAAAAUUCUGUAUAUACUAUAUAUAAAAAAAAGAUACCCAAGGGAGUAGGCUCGACUUAUAAAAAAUGGUUUAAAAAAAGAAAAAUGGUCUCCCCGUCUAUCUUAAUCGUUAUUCUUCAUCAUGUUUUUAAUAAAUCGUUUUAAUAUUAUUAUUAUUAUUAUAUGUAUCAAUAUCGUCAUCUUAUCGUAUUAUUAUUAUUAUUAUUAUUCAUAAUUAUAAGUUUUAUUUACUCGUUGCAUUUAGAAUGUAGUUAUUGAACGAAUGACGUCGAUGUCCAGUCUUGUCAUUAUUUUUUUAAUUUCUCGAUUGUCCAGUUUCUUAUGAUAAUUAUCACACUGUAAAAUGUUGAUUUUAUACACUGGAUAACCAGAUCUGUUCAGUCACCAUGGUAAUUUGUUCCGUGACCAUGGUAACAUAAAUUUGUGUUGUUAUAAGUGUAUUCAUGAAAGUAUAUGAUGAACCCAAUAUGUUUUAUUUUUGAAAUACAUGUAUAUUUAGAUGACGUUUCGAUUAUCCAGCGAUAAUAUAUAUAUAUAUAUAUCACCAUGGUAACUAUAACGUUUUGUGGUAUGACGUCAGCAGGUUUUGUCUUGUAUAAUUUGUUAUAUUUACAGACAAUAAAGGUCAUCUACGCAUUA